AUUGUUAUUGUACUAUGGACGAUGUUUGUUUUUGGACUUGUCACCGCGAUCCUAUUUGAUAUGCAAUACUUCGGAAAAUAUAUAUACGGUCAUUUCGAGCGCGAUAUUUUCGAUAAAACGGAUUAUCUGAUCUUGUAUAUUGCUAUGCUGCUGGGCAUCAUUGCACUGGUUUUACUCUUUGUCGUCAAUAUAAUAUUAACUGUAGGCGUUUGUCGAAGAGCUAGAAAGAAUCGUGAAUAAAAUUAGUGAUAUCUAUAAUAUGCAGCGUAUUAAAUCCAUGAGUUCAAGUGAACGGCACCAACUAUGCGGAACUUGCGCUAAAUUUGUUUGUCUCUACAUUUACUGCAUAAGAAUAAAGUGGGAUCGUUAUCUCUUUUGAGAGAUCAACCCAAAACCUAACUCGCAUAAAAGUGAUAUUUUCGAAUAUAUCGUUGAUUUGGGUCUCGCUUCGAUUGAAGAUAAAAGUCAUGUAAAUAAAACUAUUUUAUUUAAACGUUUUAAGAGCACUUCUAAACGUUGUCCUCAUAAUCUCAAAUCGUGCUAUUUGAUUUAGAUUGGGAGAGAGGAGCAAUUUUGAACCCACUAUAUCUGGUGAGAAAAUGAGACAGAUGAGACAGAUCGACUUUGCUAAGGUCCGUUAUUUGCUAUUUUUAGCGCCAACCAGAAUUUAAACGAUAACAUUGUGGUAAUUGGAAGUUGAAUUCAGAGUUCUGGACAUCCAAUAACCGAAUAUCGACUCAUAUACUCAAAAUCACUCUUGCACGCUCUGAAAGUAAACUACUCAUAAUAGGUACAUGUAUAGGCAAAUGGAUGGUAUUUUUGGCAAAGAAAGCUUUGCCUUUCAAGGACCUCGAGGAAAUAACUGGUGUCGACGUUAAACGAAGCGUAACUAGUCGUAUACAUACAAACGACUAUAUGUGAGGUUCACCUAGGAAAUAUUUGGAUGUCGCGUGAAAUAUAAAGCAUCGUUAUCGAGGGCAUUAUUGUUGUUAUAGCUCUUAUCUAAACCCUGUUUGGAGGAAAACUAAGUGGGACAGCAAACGAACUGUUAUUUGCUUGUUAUUUUUAAGAUAUUUGCUUGGACUUCAUUGUGUUGGACUCGUUUAGAGGUCUGGAUGCGCCACCCGCCAGUGUUACGGCGGUCGUACAAAAUCGGAUCGGAUUCAAAGACACUUGACGACGGAAAUUGCAACAUACGAACAUUACGCACAUGUAUGUAUGUAUAUAAUAUGACAACAUUGUUAAAGCAACAACAAUAUAAGGCCCGCACGUACUCGUUACUCGUUGAAGUAAGCACCAAAAUUUGUUAAUAUUUACAAUAUGCUAUACUUUAAAAAAGAAAUUAAGAACAAAAAAGCAAAAACUUCUGGAAUUAGUGUUAACAAGUGGCAAAAGCAUUUAAACUCUAAAAUUAUUCUCUACACAGUAAUAUUUCAGUUAAAAUAUACAUAAAGUAAAUUUAUUUUAUAAAAAAUCCCCUAAUAUUUUCAAAAUAAUUGUUAAAAAUCACUGUAAAGCCUUAUAUAACCUACAAAUCAAGGCGGCGAAAUUGUGAGACGUUUGUUGAUAAAAAGUGAAUUACAAAUAUAAAAAACUAGUUGUAAAGCUGUACAUACAAACAUUUGUGAAUAAAAAUAUUUAAA